AUGACCUCAGAUUCUGUGACGACUUCAGAUUCUGUGACGACCUCAGAUCCUACAACACCCUCGGAUCCUGCAACGACCUCAGAUCCUGCGACGACCUCAGAUCCUGCGACGGCCCCAGAUCCUGCAACGACCUCGGAACCUGCGACGACCUCGGAUCCUGCAACGACUUCGGAUACCGCAACAACCUCGGAUCCCGCAACAACCUCAGAUCCUGUGACGACUUCCGCUCCUUUGACAACAGCUGAUUCCUCAAUAACCCUGUCAUCUUCGCCUAGGUCGACAUCUCCGAACACCUUGGCAUCCACACCCCUGUAG